AUGUGGAGGAUGUGUCGUCGGAUGCUAUCUCCCUCAUGCUUGCCCAUAUCAUUGGUUCAUGUAUUCACGGGAGAGGUACUGGAAUUGACUAAUGUGCACAGAAGUGACAUGGGAUCCUACCUGUGUAUAGCAUCCAAUGGAAUACCACCUUCAGUCAGCAAGAGAUACAUCGUUCAAAUAAACUUUCAUCCUAAGGUGGUAGUGUCCAAUCAGUUAGUCGCGGCACCUAUUGGUUCAGAUGUAUUAUUGCAUUGCUACGUCGAAUCAUGGCCGAAAGCAAUGCAUUCUUGGACAAGGGAAAAUGGCAUUAAAUUGAUGAAUAUCCCUAAGUAUCAUAUGGAAGAGUACCACAUCAAUGAAUAUUCACUUAAUAUGAAUUUAACCAUCAAAGAUCUUGAAAAACAUGAUUUUGGAGGAUAUAACUGUUCUAGUGUAAAUGCUUUGGGAAAAGCUGAAAGUACUGUUAGAUUAACAGAGCUGCAUAUUCCAACCAAAACUACUCUGAUUCCUGUUACUCAUGAUACUGGAAGAAGAAAAGUGGUGAUAAAGCAGAAGACACAACCACCGCCUACGAAGAAGCCAAGGAAAAAGAUGCGAAUAGAAGAAGUGACCACUCCGCCACCUGCUCCGCAGAUACCAACUCGUUCAGACUGGUUUGAUCAACAAAAUGAAAUUGAUGGAUCAGGGUAUUGGCAUAGAGCUCACUUUUUGCAAAUAAUCCUUGCUCUGUUGGUUAUCUCUGCUAUUUGUUAAGAUGGUGUUAUUAUAUUUUAUAUUUUGAAAUACGGUGACAGGGAUAACAUUAUUGGAAGGAUUCGUUGUUUUAGAAUAUUUUAUUUUCUUAAUACUGUGGGAAAAACAUUAAAAAAAAAAAAAGUUUCCUGAAAUAUUAACCAGAUACUUUAAAAACUUAUUGAUAUCAAUGUUAAAAUAGUGCCUAGAGAAAAACAAAAUCAUUAAAAUUAACUCCAAUUUCAUUUGUAUUGAAUGUAUUUUGUACAUUUUAAGAAUGUAGAAAACAAGAAAUGUGUUCUUAUAAAAAGAAUUUGUAAGUUGAUCAAACUAUAAAUCACAACGGCAGAAAAUAAUGAGAACUUAUGAAAAACAACUUUAUAUGAUAAGAAAUCAACUUUCAUUAAGAAUCCCAAUAAUUAUAAACUAUUCUAUUUAUUCUGUUAAACUUUAAAUUUAUCAGUAAGACUAGAAAGUGAUUGAUUAUUUUAUAAAUGCAAUCAAUAUUAAACAAAUAAAAC